AUGAGCAACGUUGGCGAACAAGUCUCGAAAGCUGCUGAGAGCGCUAGAGAAACCGUGGCGAAGGUCGGUGAACAGGUAUCCGACUUCUUCCAAGGAAAUCCGUUUUCAACACCAGUUGGUCGAAAAAUUGAGCUUGCCACCGAUGCUAAUAUUUUGGCUACCGAGAAUUGGGGUCUCAACAUGGAGAUUUGUGACUUUAUCAAUGGAACUGAAGAAGGACCACGCGACGCCAUUCGUGCAUUGAAGAAACGUCUUCAUUCAUCGAUGAACCGAAAUAAUGCGGUAGUUAUGUACACCCUAACGGUUCUUGAAACCGCCGUCAAGAAUUGCGACUCGCGAUUCCAUGUCCUUGUUUGCAACAAGGAUUUUAUUUUGGAUUUGGUGAAAUUGAUCGGCCCCAAAUUUGACGCGCCGCAAAUUAUCCAGGAGCGUGUCUUAAGCUUGAUUCAAGCUUGGGCUGACGCUUUUCGCAACGAUCCCAAUCUUUCCGGAGUCGUUCAAGUCUAUAAUGAUUUGAAGUCCAAGGGAGUUGAGUUUCCAGCUGCUGAUCUUGAUUCAAUGGCUCCGAUCAAAACACCAAAGCGUACGUACGAUGUUCUAACCAUUCGCGAACAUGGCCAGGAACCAAUUGUAGCUAAUGAGGAGCAACUCGCGAAACUUCGUGCUGACUUGGACGUUGUAAACACCAACAUCAAAGUUUUCCGCGAGACAUUGAACGACUUGGUCCCGGGAAAAGAGACAACCGAUGAAUUACAACUUCUUGCCGAUCUCUAUGAAACAUGCAAAAAGAUGCAGGAACGUGUUCUCAUUCUGAUCCGAUAUGUGAGCAAUGAAGAAGUCACAUUCGAGCUCUUAACUGUGAAUGACACUUUCAACAGCCUUUUCGAAAAAUAUCAAAGACUUCUCACCACGAAAAAAGAUGGAGGCGAGGCAAGAGACCUCAUCGAUAUGAGCGAUGGAAAAACGUUAGAGCAGCAGCUCAACUCAAUGAAAGUCACGACUGCGGGAGCAUCUUCAUCGGAAGAAGCGUAUAAGGCGAAUGCGGAGCCGCAAACCGGCGUUGGGCUCGCUACUGCUGUGAGCAGUAAGAUUCCGUCGGAUGCUGAGGCGGCAGAGAUGGAGCAAUGGCUCAAAAGUCAAGGGGAAGAAGUGAAGAAGCCACCAACUGAUCCGGAGAACGACAAACUCUAA